AUCCUCCAGUCCUUGAGUGGAAAUGAGGGAGAGGAAAGGUCCAGAAACAUGCUCAGCCAACGAAGCCGAUGGAGCUUAGAAAACGUCUCGCUGCCCGCCGGUGAAGCCAGAAUGGUUCGUCGUAGGUUGCCCGUCUAGUUGUCGAAUUUCGCUCUUUUCAAGCCAGAGUUGUGGAAGUUCUUGAUGUUCAGCACGAUGUCCAAAUUAUUUGCUCCAGGCAUGGAUCUCAGAGCUAGCGGAAAGCAAUACGAAUCCACAGAACCUAUCUCGGCACUGGUAGCUUCGAAACAGCAAACCUUGAACAAAGUGGACUAUCCGAGGAAGUUGAAUAUCUCCCGUAACCUUUUACAAACCAUAUCGUCCGAUUUCUUCUCAGCACUAACUGGCAUCGUAGAACUUGACAUCAGUGACAAUCGACUGAAAUUGAUUGAACCUGGCCUCGCGCAGCUUCCACAUCUAACAACUAUUGAUUUGAGAGGCAAUAGCCUCCACACUCUUCCCGACGACUUCCCUCAGUGCUCAUCGCUGGAGGAAGUAAAUCUGGGAGAGAAUGCACUCGAGGCCUUUCCAAUUGCUCUAUUUUCGAUGCCAAAUCUCAAGAAAGUCUACUUAGCGUCAAACAAAAUAACGAAGCUGCCAAGCGAAAUCAAGAAAAUGACCAGUCUGGAGGUUCUCUUUCUCGGCGACAAUCGGUUAUCAGCAUUGCCAGAUGAGAUUGCAGAGCUCGCUAACCUUGGUUCUCUAACGGUAUCGCACAACCAGUUGACGUCCGUGCCGCUUGCAGUGUGCGAAAUGCACAACCUCGUGUCACUGCAGCUGCACAACAAUCGCCUGGAGACACUGCCGCCGGCUCUGCUGCAGAUGGUCAGCCUUCACGAGAUCAGCUUACGCAACAACCCGCUGGUCAGCCGUUUUGUGCGGGAACAUGUUGACGAGGUGCCAUCGUUAGGAGAACUGGCAGCGCGAGCUGUGCGUAACGGCGGCGUGUCUUAUUCCAGCGAGAAUCUGCCGCCUCUGCUCGUGGCGUAUUUGGACUCGUCGCAGCGCUGCGACAAUCCAGCCUGCCGCGGCGUCUACUUCCACACGUCCUACAAGCAGGUGAAGUUUGUGGACUUCUGCGGCAAGUAUCGCAUUCCAUUCCUGCACUAUCUGUGCUCACCGCAGUGCCACCAGGCCGUGCCGGGACACAGCUCAGCGUUCAGUGGCCAGAGCCAGAGCUCCAACGACGACACGGGCGAUGAGUCCGAGCAGGAGCGGCGGAAAAUGCGGCGAGUCCUCUUGCCUCUAACCUAGUCCUGUCGCUCCCACCUGAGUGGUGCCCCCGACCCAAGUACCCGCCGUAUCCCUCCGCUUCCCGUUGAGUCGCUGCCCCGAUCAGUUUCUAGCAUUCCCAACCGCAUCCGCUUUUCGCAGCUCGUGCUAGCUUACCGCAGCCGCGUCUGCUUUCCUUCUUGGCAGUUCCUAAUAUUUGUGAGCCGUUGAACAUUCUUAUAUCAAGCUGCCUGUAUCACCACCCACACCAUCACCAUGUCCCUGAUGCAACUCCUUAUCUUGUCGCUUCUAUUCAAACCUUUACUCGGCCGGUCACGGACUUAUCAUAUUAUUUAUAUAUUCUGCUCCCGGGCCAAUUGCGUCUUGUCCCUUUGCGUACCCGUGCAGUGCACGGUUCUCUUCUCCCGUACUUUAUUCAUAGGUGUAGCGUGUACUAUGCUCUUGAUCCCUGUUAGGUGUGCUCUCUGUCUUUCUCUGUCUCUCUUUCUUUCUUUCUCUGCCUCUCUCUCGUUUUUUAGCUCGGCGCUGUGCGCUUGUUGAGUCGUGUAGGAGCUUCUAAUUUCGUUUCAUGUCUUUUUCUGUCAUUGCUGUGCGCUUGAUUUUUUUAGCAGAGCCCAUGCUGAGCAUUGCUCGCAGCUUUUUUUCGGCCUAUUUACUUCUCGCUGACGCGCGACACUGAUCAUUGGUCUCUCUCUCUCUCUCUCUCUCUCUCUCUCUCUCUCUCUCUCUCUCAUUCUCUCUCUCAUUCUCUCGGUCUCUCUCUCACUUUUUUUUAUAACAAUGAUUUUCCAAUCUGCUGUAUGCUUUCGCGUAUGAACUGUCCCCACACUGUGCAGUACAUGUACAUCUAGAGAGAAACACAUUAUGCUUGAUCGCUUGACAUUCGGCACAGCAAUUUUUUUGUGCCGUGAACUA